AUGGAUGCGCGUACAGCGAGCGAGAAUCCGAGAAUCAGCUCAAAGGGCGUGAUAGAGCGUGAUGGCCGAGGACCGGCAGGGAGCCGGAUGAUGCGGGGUGUCGUGGAUCGGGCAGACGAGGGCAGACGGGUGAAACUGUGGCUUAAACGGAACAACAAGUGCGGGGAAGUGCCAGUGGAGAACAUCCGAGAGCGUGCUCGACCUCGGGUCGGUGUCGAUUGGGAUAUUUUUGUCCUUUCCUUGCAGAUCCUCGACACGGUGGAGCGCAACGAAGAGGAUCUACGACGAGCUCCACAGACUUGCAAGAUGCUGAAUCACAAAGAGAAGCUGCCAGCAGGUAACUGUCGCUUGAACGCUGUUGAAUUCGACGAUAAAGGGCGGUACACCUUCGCUACGGGGAUGUUAGGCUGUGUAGAGAUGUACCUGGAGAUGCAGUGA